AUGAGCGGACACCGAUCUAGCACGCGGUGGCUGCCAACCGAAGGCCCGCCUGGCCCCGGACUGGUCGCGGCCAACGUACGCAGAGAGGCCCGCCAGGCCCAGAUCGGGCCCAGAUCGGGCCCGCCUGGCCCAGAUCGGGCCCAGAUCUCGCCGGCGCCGCCACCUGCCGCGCUGCGCCGCCCACCGUGCCGCCAAUGGUUGCCGCCGUCGUCCCCAGCCAGACCCUCGCGCCUCAGCCGCCGCUGUUGUACUGCAGGCCCCCGCUGCCAGAGAUGGAGUCGAGCCCGCGCCGCCCGAGACCAGCCGCCGCAGCAGCACCAGCAGCACGCCGCCCCGAGCACGCCGACACCACCACGAGGUCACCACGCCGCCGGAGGACCGACCGCGCCGCCGCACCCUCGCCAAGUACGUGCCCUCGACGGCCGCCACGGCCCGCGCCGUUUCUCCGUGCGAGGGGGAAGGAGGGCCCCGCCGCCGCCAGCGCCCAGGCUUUGCCCGGUGACGCCGUCCGGCGGCGGCGAGGAAGGGGAGGAGGAGAGGUAG